CUGCGCGUCGCGCGGCCCCGAAGGCGUUGCCGGGAAACCUUUAGCCUGGAGCUGCGGUGGAACCGGCGGACAUGGCGGCGGCGCGGCUGGCCGCGGCCCUGCUGCUGCUCGCGGCCCAGGUGGCCUGUGAGUUCGGCCUGCUGCGCGUGAUCUCCCAGAGCGGUGGCAUCCGGGGCAGGGACUAUUGCAUCCUCUACAACCCGCAGUGGGCCCACCUGCCGCGUGACCUCAGCAAAGUGUCUCUUUUGAAGCUUCGAGACUUAAGCUCAACCCAGCUGUGUUCCUACCUUGACCUUCCUGUGGAAGACCUCACCAACCAGAUUGCGCUGGUGUCCCGGGGCAACUGUACCUUCUACGAGAAAGUGCGGCUGGCUCAGGGCAGUGGGGCGCAUGCGCUGCUGAUUGUCAGCAAGGAGAAGCUGGUCCCUCCAGGAGGCAACAAGACACAAUAUGAGGAGAUAAGCAUCCCCGUGGCCCUGCUUAGUCACAGGGACCUGCGAGACAUCUUUAGGCGCUUCGGCCGUGCGGUGAUGGUGGCACUGUAUGCACCGAGCGAGCCAGCGAUGGACUACAACAUGGUCAUCAUCUUCGUCAUGGCCGUGGGCACCGUCGCCCUCGGUGGCUACUGGGCCGGCAGCCGCGACGUGAAGAAAAGGUACAUGAAGCAUAAGCGAGACGAUGGGCCUGAAAAGCAGGAGGACGAGGCAGUGGACGUGACGCCCGUCAUGAUCUGCGUGUUUGUCGUCAUGUGCUGCGUCAUGCUGGUGCUGCUCUACUACUUCUAUGACCACCUGGUCUAUGUGAUCAUCGGCAUCUUCUGCUUGGCCUCCUCCACCGGUCUCUACAGCUGCUUGGCACCCUGUGUGCGCAAGCUGCCCUUCUGCACCUGCAGGGUCCCCGACAACAACCUGCCGUACUUCCACAAGCGCCCCCAGGCCCGCAUGCUGCUGCUAGCACUCUUCUGUGUCACUGUCACCGUAGUGUGGGGUAUCUUCCGCAAUGAGGACCAGUGGGCCUGGGUCCUGCAGGACGUCCUGGGCAUCGCCUUCUGCCUGUACAUGCUGAAGACCAUCCGCCUGCCCACCUUCAAGGCCUGCACGCUGCUGCUGCUGGUGCUCUUCAUCUACGAUGUCUUUUUCGUCUUCAUCACCCCCUUUCUGACCAAGAGUGGGAACAGCAUCAUGGUGGAGGUGGCUACUGGGCCCUCGAACUCAUCCACUCAUGAGAAGCUGCCCAUGGUGCUGAAGGUGCCCAGGCUGAACACCUCACCACUGUCCCUGUGUGACCGACCCUUCUCCCUCCUGGGCUUUGGAGACAUCUUGGUGCCAGGGCUGCUGGUGGCCUACUGCCACAGGUUCGACAUCCAGGUGCAGUCCUCCAGGGUCUACUUCGUGGCCUGUACCAUUGCCUACGGCCUGGGUCUCCUGGUGACAUUCGUGGCGCUUGUCCUCAUGCAGCGUGGCCAGCCUGCGCUGCUCUACCUGGUCCCCUGCACAUUGAUGACCAGCUGCACCGUGGCACUGUGGCGCCGGGAACUGGGUGCUUUCUGGACGGGCAGCGGCUUUGCGAAGGAUGUACCCCAGACCUCAUGGGCUCCAGCACCCAUGAGUCCUGCACCUCCCACGGACUCAGAUGCCCCCCUCUCCCAGCAACCUGCAGGUGAAGACCUAGCCAAGAGACCCCUGCCCACUGAGGAGGCAGCCCUGCCUGAGGAGGCAGGAGUUGCAGACUCUGCCAGGAAUCACCAUAGCCCCAUGGCUAGCACUUCCAGCCCCACAAAUGGGGACCAGGUCCAGCCCAGCUCUGUGGUGCAGCCAGGGACUUCGGCCUAGGAAGAGGAGGCGCACGAGCUGGGUCCUUGCAGCCUUCCAUGCCAUACAGAUGCAGGCCACCAGGGACGUGCAGGGAACAGAUAGCUGCCACCCUCCUGGGCUGCAGACCUGCACUGUGCCCUCCCUAACAUGGUGCUCAGCCCUCUGAGGCCUCACGCUUGUCUUCCCACUACAGCUGUGCCCGGCGCCCAGCUCUGCUUUGCACCAGGCUGUGAGCUUUGCCUGCCCCACUCCAUGCAAGGCUGUGCCUCUGGUGCUUCACCUACACUCGCCCUGCGGCCGGCUGCGCCUUCCACAGGGCAGGGCUCUGUGGGGCAGGAGUGACAUCCUUGUCACGCAGGUUCCUGUGUUGGGAGCAGCAUGAGGCUUAGAUGUAGACACCCCAAGGGUCAGCAUGAGGAGUCCACACCCCAUCAGGAGGUCCAUGCCAAGAUGGAGCUGAGAAUGCCGAUCGCUGCUCUAAGCAGUAAAUGGCUCCUGCCCCAGGUUCUGCAGUCUGUGGCGUAGUGGGGCCCGGCCAACCCAGAUGGUCCACAUCCCCAGCAAAUAGCCCUCAGCUCAGGCCUGCAAGUCUUCCAUGCCACGGCCCCGGCCCCUGCCCGACAGUGGCUUCUGGACCAGGCAUUUGUCCUCUACCUCACCAGCCAGGCUCUGGACCCCACCACGGUCUGCCUGCAGGGAGCGACCGCACAUGCUGCGUGUCAAGAUGGAGCCUGGGACCUGUGUCCACUCUUGAAUGGAAAGGGUAACAGGCAGCAGCACCUGGGCAGUCCUCCUGGAGCUUUGGGGAAGGACGAAGGGAGGGAGGGAGGGGAAGAGGAAGGGAGGAGGACUCUCCCAAGGCACGCCUGUCCUACCAGAGUGCACAGAGACGUGAACGUGGGGGCCCAGCCACCUGCUUCUGCCACUUGGACUACGCCUUAACUUAAGCCAUUUUGUACUGGGUUUCCAAACAGUUCUUCCGUCUCUGAGUUGGUCAGAGGAGCUUUGGGCAGUGCCACCUGAGGGCCCUGGCUUUAGGUUGUCAGGGGAUUAAACAGCUUUUCAUACUCA